AUGCGGUCUGAGUUUGUUGACAGUAUGGAUGAAUCACGAAAAAGAGCUGUCUCUACUGCAAAUGCUAAAAAUAUAAGUUCAUCCCUUGAUGAAGACUUUGGGAAUGAUUUUCUUUCAUCUUGGAAGUUACCAAAAUCAGGAAAAGACACAAUUGACUUCACAGUUCCAAAGAGUAGCAAGAAAUUCAGCUUUGACAAUCUAGAUGAUUUCGGGCUUGAUGGAGCCUUUGACAAAUUACCAUCCUUUCAAAUGGGCAUGUCUGAUCUGGAUUUUUCUAGUCCUCAGAAGAAAAAGGUGAAGCACAGCAGUUCAAAUGCAGAUCUUUCUGAAGAGAAAAAGGAAACUGACAAGGAUAAUUUCUCCUUUUCCUUUGAUUUCAAUGAGCUGGGAAAGUUUAGUCUUGAUGGAAAACUAGGAAUUGAAGAAAAUAGUACGAGUAGAUUUACUGGCAAAUCUGGCCCUGUCUCCUCAGAGGUUAAGAAGGAUACACAAAGAGGUCUUUCAGCCAAGGGCAAUGCUAUUCUUGAAGAGAAUAAUAGUACGGACAAAGCACAUACACUUGAUACUUGCACUUUGAGACCUUCUCAUCUGACCAAUCAUGAGAGUGUGAAGAAUGUCAGUCAACAGACUUCAAAUAUCGAUGCUGCUGAUUCAUCUGACAAGAUGCAAGAACGUACCAGUGUUAAUCCUGCUACAGUGGAACAAACUAAAGUAGAUUCAAUGCUCAAUGACAAUCCUGGAGAGCAACCUAAAGAGAUAUACCCAACGAAGGCAGCUGUUAACCUACCUUCUCAGGAUUUCUCCUGCAGUGCCAUAUCUAGUGAAGAUCCAACACAAGGGCUAGCAGAUCCUGUGAACAGUAAAGAUGCACCUAUACUGAACUCUGGUAAAGUUCAUGUAUCAAGGGAGAGUAAUGACGAUGAGCAGUCGAAUGGUUUACGAUCCAGGGACACCAGCAUUAUUAAUCCCAAUGUCUCAAGAAGACCAGUGGGCCAAUUUAAUUCCCGGAAUGAGGUUCUGGAGGAAAGUGUUUUCCUUAAUGAAGGAAGUCAAGACAACCAAAGUUUUAGUGGCGCUCCUAAGAAGUUUUUAAAGAAGACAUCACAUGGGACAAAGAAUACUGAGGAAGAGAUUUCAGGUCCCAAGAGUCUCUUUUGUUCAAUGCAGAGGGAAAUCAGAAGUGUUGAACCUGCACUGACGAAGGAGAGAGGAAGCUUCUCUCUUUUAUCCAAGUCUGUACAUAUGAAAGCAACCAGGGUCGAACUAGCUUCAGAAACAGCCUUAAAUCAAUUGUCCAGUGCAAGUAAAGUGAUAAAAAAGAUGACCACACAUCCUACAGACUUGAAGAGGGAACACAUGCAAGCUAAUGCAGUAGCUGACAAAUCUAACACUGCUUUAUCAAAAACAUACAGCAAGCCAGCAUCAAAUGGGCUAUUGGCCACCUCCAUGAAUGUCAAAGGUGACAGAAAUGCCAAAUUAGGCCUUGAGCCUCCUAUCUCGGGGAACUUGUCUCUACUGAAUGCUCGAAGCAGCACAGCACAUAGCGCUGGACAUAAAGUUGUUGCAAAUCAUGUGCUUCUGAAAAGUAGCAAUGCUUCUGAUUCAUUGCAAGGUGUUCCUUCCAAAGAUAAUAAAAUAUCAACAAUUUCUCAACUGACAGGAGCAAGAGUUACAAAAUUAGGAAUCAGAAGUCCGAAGUCUGACAUGGUUCCAGAGAAGGAAUCAGUACAAGUGAGUGGGACAAAGGGUUCCCCUGUAACAACAUCCAGAAUCCUUGACUCCAUUCCUGAAGGAAAACCUGCACUGCCUAGCCCAUCCAUAAUGGAGAAAGUUCCUGAGGAAUCUGUUCUAGAUCCAAAAGCUCCUAAAGUGCUCAGACACAUCAUGAGAUCUCCAGCUGUAAGAAAAUCACCUCGAACUGUUCCAGAGUUGGGAAACGAAAUGAUUCUGGGAAGUGAAACUCCAAAAGCUCAUGUGGAUAAUGCAAGCUCUUCAUGUAUGCCACCUGGGAUGGAAGCCAUUUCAGAUCUAGAGUUGCCUGUGUUGUUAGAAAAUGAUGGAAACAUAGAAAAAGCUGAGGCUUGUAGAAAGGAGCUUGAGGAUAUAUGCAUUCUAUUGAAAAGGAAACAUGCAGAAGCUAAAGAGCUAGCAGUUCGGGCUAUCGUUAACAACAAUACAAUGCUGAUGUUAAACCACCCAAUGAUUGAGGAGAAAAUAUCCUAA